AUGAGCCAGUCGGAGCUGGAGAAGCAGCGGCAGCGCCAGCGGCUCCGGGAGCUGCUGAUCCGGCAGCAGAUCCAGCGGAACAGCCUCCGGCAGGAGAAGGAAAGUGCAGCAGCUGCUGCCACCUCCUCACCGGCCACCUGGGCCCCCGAGGCCACCAGCCAGGCCUUUGGGCUGGCUCCCUACCCCCCAGCACAGUUCGACCUGCUGGCCUACACCGACCCCGAGCUGGACACUGGGGACAAGAAGGACAUCUUCAACGAGCACCUGCGCCUGGUCGAGUCGGCCAACGAGAAGGCCGAGCGUGAAGCUCAGCUCAAGACGGAGCCACCAGCACCUGGCUCGAAGCUGCCUGACUCCGGGGACAGCAAAGACACGGCCCCACCAGGGGACAGCCGGGAGGUGCCCAAGGAAGGGCUGGUGGCUGGGAUGGGCUUGGGAGCUGCUCCCUGUCCAACAGGCCCCACCUUGGCUCCCGACGGGGCUUUCAAGGCGCAGGGCACGGAGGCCAAGGUGGGUUCAUUGCCCACUGAAGUGAAGCCCAAGUUGGAGGAUGGCUGCCUGAAGACUUCUCCCUGUCAAUUCACCUCCCCCGGCCCCGACCGGCUCCCCGGGGGCCCCGUCAAGUCAGAAGCUCUGCAGAGCACGGACAAGAUCUUGCCCCACCUGGACAAGUUUGCAGCUGAGGACAUCAUGGACCCCAUUGCUAAGGCCAAGAUGGUGGCACUGAAGGGCAUCAAGAAGGUGAUGGCCCAGGGCAGCAUUGGGGUGGCCCCAGGCAUGAACAGAUCCAAUCCUUUUUUCCCCACCACCCUGAGCCCUUUUCCUCCAAGCCCUUUUCCCCCUGGUCCAAGCCCUUUUCCACCUGAUCUGAUCCUUUUUUCCCCACCGCCCUACGAGGCUGACCAGCGGCAGUACGAGGAGUGGCUUUUCCACACGCAGCAGGCGCUGGCGCUGAAGGGGCUGGAGGAGCAGAUCGGGGCGCACCGCAAGUCGCGCAAGGCGCUCUGUGCCAAGCAGCGCACGGCCAAGAAAGCCGGCCGGGAAUUCCCCGAGGCUGAUGCUGAGAAGCUGAAACUGGUGACCGAGCAGCAGAGCAAGAUUCAGAAGCAGCUGGACCAGGUGAGGAAGCAGCAGAAGGAGCACACCAACCUGAUGGCCGAGUACCGCAACAAGCAGCAGCAGCACCAGCACCAGGCCUCAGCUGUCAUGGCCCUCAGCCCCUCGCAGAGCCCCCGCCUCAUGGCCAAGCUCCCCGGGCAGCUGCUCUCAUCACACGGGGUCCAGCAGCCCCCAGGGGCUCCAGGCCAGCCCGGGGGGCUGCGGCUGCCCCAGGGUGGGGUGUCCAUGGGCGUGCAGCAGAGUCUGUCCUUCAUGGGCCAGCAGGGCGUGGGCAGCGCCACCGUGCCCGGUACUUCCAACGCCUUCUUCACUGGGAACCCCGCGCUCCACGGGCUGGCAACUGACAGCAGGUUGCUGCAGGAGAGGCAGCUCCAGAGGAUGCAGCUGGCCCAGAAACUGCAGCAGCAGAACAUGCUGGGACAGGUGUCACUGCAGCAGCAGCAGGACCCCUCCAUCGCCAGGAAGCCCGUGGCAACCAAGCCCAAGCGGGUGCAGAAGGGCAACGAGCGGGUCCCGGCGUCUCGCAAGAAGCUGCGGAAGGACGAGGGGCUGCGGCCCGGGGAGGCCCUCAUGAGGCAGCUGAAACAGGCCCGGCCCGAGCUGGAGGAGCGGGUCCUGUCUCCUGUCAUCCCCAUCAUCCCUCGGGCCAGUAUCCCAGUGUUCCCUGACACAAAGCCCUACGAGGCUGCUGAGCCCUUCGGGGGCCCCCCUGGGAAGGGGGGGUCAGCAGGCCCGGGGGCCCCGUGGGAGAAGGGCCGGAGCAGCAGCGAAGUCUCCGUCAUGUUGACCGUGUCCGCGGCCGCCGCCAAGAACCUCAACGGGGUGAUGGUGGCCAUGGCUGAGCUGCUGAGCGUGAAGAUCCCCAGCUCCUACGAGGUGCUGUUCCCUGAUGGUGCCGUGCGAGCGGCCGUGGUGGAGGCCAAGAAGGUGGAGGCAGAUGUGACUGGGGUUCUUGGUGGCAAGGAGAAGGCCGGGAAGGUGCCCGAUGGUGGCUCCGAGUGGCUGAAGCAGUUUGACGCGGUGCUGCCAGGAUACAGCCUGAAGGGAGAGCUGGACCUCCUGACCCUGCUCAGACAGGAAAGCCCCGCCCCCGAGAAGACCCUUCCCCACUGCUACGUCAACAACGUCUCCAACCUGGACGUGCGGCAGCUCUCGGGGGACGAGGCCCGACCCCGGUUGAAGAAGUGGAAAGGGGUGAGGUGGAAAAGGCUGCGGUUCCUGUUCACCAUCCAGAAGGGGGGAGCCAAGCGGGACGGCGAGAAGGAGAUCGCCGAGUUCAUCGACAAGCUGGGGACCACCCUGCGCCCCGAGAAGGUCCCGCGGGACCUGCGCAAGUGCUGCUUCUGCCACGAGGAGGGGGAUGGGGCCACUGACGGGCCUGCCCGCCUGCUCAACCUGGACCUCGACCUCUGGGUCCACCUGAACUGCGCCCUCUGGUCCACCGAGGUGUACGAGACCCAAGGAGGGGCCCUGAUCAACGUGGAGGUCGCCCUGCACCGCGGGCUGCUCACCAAGUGCUCCCUCUGCCAGAAAACCGGAGCCACCAACAGCUGCAACCGCAUCCGCUGCCCCAGCGUUUACCACUUCGCCUGCGCCAUCCGGGCCAAGUGCAUGUUCUUCAAGGACAAGACCAUGCUCUGCCCCCUGCACAAGCUGAAGGGUCCCUGCGAGCAGGAGCUCAGCAGCUUCACCGUCUUCCGCCGCGUCUACAUCGAGCGGGACGAGGUGAAGCAAAUCGCCAGCAUCAUCCAGCGCGGGGAGCGGCUCCACAUGUUCCGGGUGGGGGGGUUGGUCUUCCACGCCAUCGGGCAGCUCCUGCCCCACCAGAUGGCAGAUUUCCACAGCGUCACUGCCCUCUACCCCGUGGGCUACGAGGCCACUCGCAUCUACUGGAGCCUGCGGACCAACAACCGGCGCUGCAGCUGCCAGAACUACCUGUUCCGCUACGGCCGCCACCCCCUGAUGGAGCUGCCCCUGAUGAUCAACCCCACCGGCUGCGCCCGCGCCGAGCCCAAGAUCCUCACCCACUACAAGAGGCCCCACACCCUGAACAGCACCAGCAUGUCCAAGGCCUACCAGAGCACCUUCACGGGGGAGACCAACACCCCCUACAGCAAACAGUUCGUGCACUCCAAGUCCUCCCAGUACCGGCGCCUCAAGACCGAGUGGAAGAACAACGUGUACCUGGCGCGGUCCCGGAUCCAGGGG